CAGCAACAGCAACAACAGCAGCAGCAGCAACAGCAGCAGCAGCAACAGCAGCAACAACAGCAGCACCAGCACCAGCAACAACAACAACAACAACAACAGCAACAGCAACAACAACAACAGCAGCAGCAGCAAAAUAAUAUUAAUUAUACUCCAACUACAUCAUCACAAGCGCCGUCAUCAUCAUCAUCUGUAUCUGGAGCAUUACUAAACCGAACAGGUAAUAUAGCAGGACAUAAAAGGCGUCGAUCCGAUCCAGCGUUAGCAGAGACACAAAGUGCAGCGAUGACGAUCUAUGCCUCAGCGACACCCAUUACGACUACUAUUAAUAAUCAAACACAGACCGUGUAUCCAUGUUUAUUUCCAAAUUGCGGUAAAACAUUUGCAAGACUUUAUAAUCUAAAGAGUCACUCAAGGACACAUACAGAUGACCGACCCUUUGUUUGCUCUGCAUGUUCUGCCGCCUUUAGUCGAAAUCAUGACUUGAAGAGACAUUCUAAAAUUCAUGGAGGGGAUAAACCAUAUAAAUGUGAAGGAUGUAAAAAGAGUUUUUCAAGAUUGGAUGCUCUAAAACGACAUAAAAGCAAUCAACGAAAUAAGCAAGGAUGUCUAAAUGCUUAGAUAUCAUUACUACUAUUUAAUGUAUUACCAAGUUCAUACCUUCUUCCUUCUUCUUUUUUUUUUAUACAUCUAUAUUCUUAUUUUAUAUAACUUGGUUUAUUCUGUUCUGUUUUUGUUUUGUUUUUGUUUUUUUUUACAGUAUUUUCUUUAAUAUGUAUGUAUGUAUGUAGAAAAUAAAAAAAAU